GAGAGCGUCGACAGGACGACGGCCGUCAGGCUGGCAGUCGGGCUGGCCGCGGGGUCGGCCGUCGGGCUGGCCGUCGGGCUGGCCGUCGGGCUGGCAGCGGGGCCGGCAGUCGGGCUGACCGUGGGGCUGACUGCCGGGCAGGCCGCGGGGCUGGCCGUCGGGCUUGCCGCGGGGCCGGCCGUAGGGCUGGCAGUCGGGCUGGCCGCGGGGCUGGCCGUCGGACUGGCCGUGGGGCCGGCAGCAAGGUCAGUCGGCCCGCCCGGCACCGUCGCCGCAGCGGCGGCGGCGGCCGCCGCGCGGGAGAGGGCGGCCGCCACGGCCCACGGGCCUGCGGCAGCCGCCGCGGCGGCGGCCUCGGCGGCAGCGCCCGCGGCGCCAGCGGCGCGUCAGGCGCCGGCAGCGUGCGCGGCGGCGCCCGCGCGGCCCCUGGCGCACGCGGCGCCGGCGGCGCCAGCGGCGCACGCGGCGGCCGCAGCGCGCGCCGCGCCAGCGGCAGCAGCAGCGGCGCCAGCGCGCGCACCAGGGGCGCCCGCGGCCGCCGCAGCGCUGGGGGCGCCGGCGGCGGCCACGGCACAGGCGGCAGCAGCGGCAACCGAGGCGCCAGCGGCCGCGGCCACUGCCGCGGCGCUCGCGGCGCCCGCGGCGCCGGCGGCCGCGGCGGCCCGCGCGUCGGCGUCCGCGGCAGCGGCCACGGCGGAGGCCGCGGCGGGCCCGCCCUGCGCCGAGGCCCGCGGCAGACCGCGCGCGGCCGCGGCGCCGGCAGCGGAGGGGCCGGCGGCGCGAGCGGCGGCCGCGGCCCUCUGCCGGCAGGGCGGG